GCAGGAGUUCGAGGCCGGGGGGGUCCCGGAGCUGGCUCGGGACAUUUACCUGCAGGACGUGCACUGUGUGAGCUCCCUGGCCAAGGCCUAUUGCCGGGAGCUGCCCAACCCCCUCCUCACCUACCAGCUCUAUGACAAGUUCGCCGAUGCCGUGGCCACCCAGACGGAGGAGGCGCGGCUUGUCAAGAUCAGGGAGGUGCUCAAGGAGCUGCCGGAGCCCCACUACAGGACGCUGGAGUUCCUGAUGCGGCACCUGCUGCGCAUGGCAGGGCACAGUGGCCGCACCAACAUGCACGCGCGGAAUUUGGCCAUCGUGUGGGCUCCCAACCUGCUGCGCUCGAAGGACAUCGAGGCCUCGGGGUUCAAUGGCACAGCCGCAUUCAUGGAGGUUCGUGUCCAGUCCAUCGUGGUCGAGUUCAUCCUCACCCACGUGGAGCAGCUCUUUGGGGACGCCCCCCUCGCAGGGUCAGAGUCACCCCACCGGUCCCUGCUCGUGCCCGGGGGGUCUCUGGGGGCCGAGAAGCCCCCCCAGCUCCACGUGCCAGGGACACUGAGCCAGGGGGAUGGACCCCCCCAGAUCCGGCCCUACCACACCAUCAUCGACCUGGGCGAGCACAGGAGAAAGGGCUCCCUGAAGGCCAAGAAGUGGAGAUCCAUCUUCAACCUGGGCCGCUCCGGCCACGAGGCCAAGCGGAAGCAGGGAAAGGUCGAGGAGAAAGAGGAGAAGGGGGGGAAGGUCCCACUGCGCCCAGCCAAGAGCAUGGACUCGCUGAGCUCCGGCGGACACGUGUCCAUCGAGGAGUGCACGGACGAGGGGAUGGAUGAGCUGUUCUUCCUGGCUCCCGCCGGCUCCGAGCGCGACAGCGACUCCGACGACCUGUUCCUGAGCGCCCACGACGAGCUCAGCCCCCUGGGGGCUUCCCUGGAGACCCCUGAGGGGCCCCCGGAGCCCCCAGAGACUCCAGAGAUCCCCGAUAUUCCAGAGAUACCGGAGAUUCCAGAGACCCGGGAGAUUCCAGGGGUCCCGGCACCCCCCGGUGCCGCAGCCCCCGACACGCUCACAGAGGAGGAUCCUCCAGGGGAGGGGAACCCCCUCCCAGACCCCCCCGGGGAUGUGGGGCAAGGGGAGGGGGCUGCAGGUGGUGCUUCCAGCCCCAGGACAGACUCCGAGGUGUGGGAGGAGGAUGGAACAGCCCCGGGAGGGGUCGUGGUCCCCGGGGCUGGAUCCUGCCCCCCCAUCCCGGAGGAGCCCCGGGGGGGCGAAUCCCAGGUUUUAAGGGCGUCCCCGCAGGGAUUGUCAGCGGAGGAGCCCCCCUGGGAGCCCCCGGAGCCUCCAGUUCCUGGAUCUGUUCCCGGGGGGCCCCUCGGGCCCACCCCGAGCUCUCCCUCUCUCUCGGCCCUGGAGCUCCGCAGCGACUCCCCCAAAUCCCUGGAGCCGAGGGGGGAUGAGCUCCCCCAAAACCGGGAGCUGAGCCAGGGCGAGCCCCCAGAAAUCCUGGAGCGGGUCCAGGAUGAGCUCCCCGGAGCCCCAGAGCCCCCUAAACCCCUGGAUCUGAUCCAAGAUGAGCCCCCCAAAAUCCCAGAGGCCCCCAGACCCUCAGAGCCGAUCUGGGAUGAGUCCCCCAAAAACCCAGGGCUGAACCAGGAUGAGUCCCCCAAAAACCUGGCUCUGAUCCAUGGUGGCCCCCCCAGCCCCCCGGGGACCCCCAGCCCCCUGGAGCCAAUCCAGGGCGAGCCCCUCAAAAGCCUGGAGCCCCCCCAAAACCUGGAUUUGAUCCUUG